AUGGGCGAGGGUCUGAAGGUCUGCCAAGCCCAGGGAGGCGCAAGCGUUGCGAGUGUGGCCUCUUUGGGAGGUUCCCUCGCCCGUGUUACCGGGCGGUUACAGGCUGGUCUGGCUGGGUACUGUGUCGGUACUGUGUCGGUACCACUCAGGACUGCGACGGGCCUGUGGGCGACUGCUGAGACCAGGCAGUGA